AUGGAGGGCUCCGCCACAUGCUGCUGCGUUGAGGGCUGGGAGAGGGAUUAUAGGCGGUAUCGGUUUAUAAUACCAGGGUGGCAACAUAUCGAAGCAGAAUGUCAAGAUGAUUACAUGAAAAUUCGUGUAGGCUUCAAUGGAUCAUUUACUGGACUUCUAUACUCAGCCGGUUAUGCCUAUGAUCCUGAUUGUAUGUACAUAAAUGGAACAGGAAGAGAUUACUACGAAUUUUAUAUCCAACUAAAUCGAUGUGGAACUUUGGGCAAAAAUACACAUCAUGAAGACAAUAGGAAAAAUCCUACGAAAAAUUUCAUGUGGAACACAGUGACUGUCCAGUAUAAUCCUUUAAUCGAGGAAGAAUUUGAUGAGCAUUUUAAAGUAACUUGCGAAUAUGGUUAUGACUUUUGGAAAACUGUUACUUUUCCCUUUUUAGACGUAGAGGUAGCUACUGGAAAUCCAGUAGUUUUCACUUUAUCACCUCCAGAAUGUUAUAUGGAAAUUAGGAGCGGUUAUGGAACUACAGGGGCUCGUGUUGCAGGGCCGGUUAGGGUCGGGGACCCCUUAACUUUAAUUAUUUAUAUGAGAAGCAAAUAUGAUGGUUUUGAUUUGGUCGUCAACGAUUGCUACGCCCAUAAUGGAGCUAAUAAAAGAAUUCAAAUGAUAGACGAACAUGGUUGUCCAGUAGACGACAAACUUAUAUCAAGGUUUAGAGGCUCUUGGUCUGAUAGUGGUGUGUUUGAAACACAGGUCUUUGCUUAUAUGAAAACCUUCAGAUUUACCGGUUCUCCAGCUCUUUAUAUAGAAUGCGAUGUUAGAAUGUGCCAUGGUCGAUGUCCGACUCAGCCCUGUCACUGGAGAAACACCAAAAUUCUGCAAAAACGUUCCCUCAUCGGUUCCACGACCUCCAUACCACCAACUUCUGAUCAAGGACAAUCACCAUUAUCAGAUGGUAAUGGUGGUGAUGGCACCAGCAAGGACAAUAGUAAUAAAUUAUCAGAAAACAUCAGCCUUUUCCAAGCACUUCGAGUCCUGCAAGAAGGCGAAGGAGAAACUGAUGAUGACCAGAGCACUAGAGACGGGUCGAAUUCUUCGACUCCAGCCCCCAACCAGACAUGUGUAAGGACGUCGGUCCUGAGUGCAGCCCUGGCGUCCCUCUGUGCCUGCUUCGGAGCAGUGACGGCCUGCCUCCUGGUGGCCUGCGCCAAAUUGAGGAGCAAAUCAGGAGCUGGUGGAGGAGGAACGGGAAAACGGUACGGAGGCGAGAGCGGAGGCAACGGGUACAUGAAUCAUAAGGGACAGAUUGAUUAA